GGCCACCGCGCUGCCGCCAGCGCCUCCCCAUCCCCAUGGUUACAGCUCCUGCUUCCCGGCGGUCCCUGGUCCCUGGCUGCCGCGGCGGAAGCAGGCAGAGAGGUGGCUGGCAUUCCUCACCAGAGUUCUGGAAGCCGCCUGCUGAGCGUCGCACCAAACGGCUGCCCUCCUAAUUCUGACCCCUCCCUGCCGGUAUAGCCUGGCCACCGGCUGCAGUCCUGCAAUCUGUUGAUAACUCCACUUGCAAGCCCCAGCACCCUGUCCCUGCGAAUGGACCCCUGCUCCCUGGCUCCAAGAACUCACCACAGUGUGCCGCCGGCGGGCAGCGGAGGACCGAGGCCGCUACGGCUGCUUUUGCCAAAAUAGGUGGGUGCAGCCCCCAGCCCUCACCUGCCCCAACACGGGCACCCUGAGGCACCUCGAGUGGGGCUCAACCCCAAGGCCACUGUUUGGGACCUUGACCUUCCAGACAGCCAUGGAGGCUGGCGGGGACAAGGGGACAUAAUCAGCCUGUUGGUGACGCCAUCUCCAUCCUGUGCUGGGGCUUCAGUAACUCAUGCCCGGUGCUCAUGGAUCUGAAGACCGUGCUGCCCCUGCCCCAGGCCCCAGGGGAGUUCCUGCACCCCGUGGUGUACGCCUGCACCGCGGUCACGCUGCUCUGCCUCCUCGCCUCCACCGUCACCUACCUCGUGCACCAGAGCGCCAUCCGGAUCAGCCGGAAAGGGCGGCACACGCUCCUGAAUUUCUGCUUCCACGCGGCUCUGACCUUCACGGUGUUUGCAGGCGGCAUCAACCGCACCAAGUACCCAAUCCUGUGCCAGGCGGUGGGCAUCGUGCUGCAUUAUUCCUCACUGACUACCAUGCUGUGGAUCGGCGUGACCGCCAGGAACAUCUACACCCAGGCAACCAUGGAGGCCCCUCCGCGCCCGGGCGCAGGCCCACAGCCGUUCCCAAGGCAGCCCCUGCUCAGGUCCUACCUCAUCUGUGGAGGCGUUCCUUUCAUCAUCUGCGGGGUCACAGCUGCCACGGACAUCGGGAAUUAUGGGGCGGAGGAUGAGGACUCAGCAUACUGCUGGAUGGCCUGGGAGCCCAGCCUGGGCGCGUUCUACGGGCCGGCGGCCUUCGUCACCCUGGUCACCUGCCUGCACUUCCUUGGCGCCUACAUCCAGCUGCAGCACCACCCCGAGCGCAGGUACGAGCUCAGCGAGCGGGCGGAGGAGCAGCGGCUGGCGGAGCUCGAGGCGGGCCCCAGCCCCCAAGCCAGGCCCGGCAAGCUGCCCACCAGCAGCCCCCUGGGUGCCUCGCUGCUACAGAACGAGCACUCGCUCAAGGCCCAGCUGCAGGCCGCCACCUUCACGCUGCUCCUGUUCACGGCCACCUGGGCCUUCGGGGCCCUGGCCGUAUCGCAGGGCCCCUUCCUGGACAUGGUCUUCAGCUGCCUGUACGGCGCCUUCUGCGUGACGCUGGGCCUCUUCGUGCUCAUUCACCACUGUGCCAAGAGGGACGAUGUGUGGCAGUGCUGGUGGUCGUGCUGCCCCUCCCGCGGGCACACCCGGGCCACGGAGCUCAGUGCCCACCCCGCACUCAACGCCAAUGGGGACGCGCUGGGACAUGCGGCCUGCCUGCGGGACUCACCAUGUCCCAGCAAGCUGUGGGGCUUCGGCCACCUGCCCGCCAGCCACUGCAAGAUGACCAACCUCCAGGCCGCCCAGAGCCACGUCAGCUGCCUGCCACCGGCCACACCGUGCUGCGCCAAGAUGCACUGUGAGCAGCUGAUGGAGGGUGCAGCCCACAUCCAUGUACAUGAGGAGGACGCCUUCGCGCAUGACCCACACCUCCACGGGGCUCUCCAGGGCAGAGCCAAGCCUCACUACUUCAGCCGGCACCGGGCAGCCACGGCCGAGCAGGAGUAUGCCUACCAUAUCCCGUCCAGCCUGGACGGCAGCCCCCGCAGCUCACGCACAGACAGUCCCCCCAGCUCGCUUGAGGGCCCAGUGGGAUUGCACACGCUGGCCUGCUGUGCCCAGAGUGACCCCUUCCCCUUGGUCAGCCAGCCUGAGGGCGGUGAGGCCAGCCCCACGCUCUAUGGCUGUCCCCCACCACCCAGCAGGGAGGUGGCCCUGGGCCCUGCCCACUUCGAGAUGCUCGGGAGGACACAGUCCCUGCCCUUCAGUGGCCCUGGCCAAAACGGGCUGCCUAAGGGCAGCGCAUGUGAGGCUGUGCCCUACAGCAUCCGAACAGGGCCCUGGAAGAACGAGACCACUGUAUAGCUGGCGACCGCUGGCCACCGCCCCAGGGCUCGCCUCAGAGCAGAGAGCGUCUGCCGCACGAGGCCAGCUGGUCACGGAGCACCGAGACUCGGAGGCGGCUCACACCCCCUGGCCCCACGUGAAGGCCCCAAGCAAGGCGAUGCGUUAGGCCACAUGUGUUGGCGAAUCCUAAGGUCAGACAAGGUCGGCAAGCCGUCCACAUCACAGUCACCAUGGCGCCCGGCCCCCUUACUCCCCCGCCCCAGGGCCACCCAGAAACAGAGCAGGGCUUCUACCCGGGGACACCCGCCUGGCCACAGCACACACCACCCAAGGUCCUAGUGUUUCAAGUGUACAUUUUGUUAAGUUUUGUUCCUUAGGUGGCAGUCUGCUGGCCAGUCCAGGGCGCUCUGAUCUGGGCGUCCCCUCCACCAUCUCUGUGUCUGAGACACGGGGACCCACGACAGGGUCUCCACCUGCAGCCCCGGCCCCCCAGGCCUGAGAGCUAAGGGUGCUAAGGAUGCAGCCACCAUCUAGGAGCAUGAGGGAGGGGGGAGCAGCCGUGACUAGGGGCUGACAGGGUCUCCAAGGGCCCAGCCUCUGGAAAGGCCCAAAUGUCUUUCAAUGGAGACUUAAUGUCCAAAGCCAGCCACUGUCAGGACUGGAUCCCCUGACAUGGGGGUUUGGGGACAACAAAAGAGGGGACUGGCAAGCCCGUGGACAUUUGGGCACAAAGCCCUGAGUCAGGAUGGCGUGCCUUCCAUGAAAGCAAGUGGCAUGUCCACAGGAAGGCCCAGACCCCUGGGGCAGAGGUCUAGGCUCCUGGAGGAAUGCAUGUGUGAGACUGCACGGCCCACCCCGCCUCCCAGGUCUGUGGCACAUGUGCAGAAACAUGCACACCACACCACGCACGUGUGUGCACAUGCUACAUGCAUGCACACGUGUGUCACAUCUGCACACAGGCACCCACACACCUUACUGCACACAGCCCGAACACCAGGCUUCCUGGGCUGCACAGCCAUCCGCACGGAUUGGUGGGUGCUCUGCCCUGGGUGCAGGGGCCUGGCCUUCCUGGCACCCACCCGGGAAGAGAGGGGUGUCGGGGUCCCCAGGGCUGACACUCAGUAUCUGAGCACGAGCAGCAGCACUUUCCGGACUCGCAUAAGCCUGAUGGUGGUGGUGCGACCUCAGUGUCCUGGGCCUACCACAAACCCACGUGUCCUCACAGGUCACCCGACGGGCAGCCAGCCCCACAGUCCAGCCUGCUCACUGGCCUCCAUCAUGGAGACAAGCCAGAGGCCCUCACUGUGCUGUGUACACGCUGUAGAUGCAGACCAUCUGACAAAUACAGUAUUUUACACUUUCCCCCCUUUGUGAGGCUGGUUAAUGGCAUCUGCUCCGUGCCCUGGGGCUCCAGGGUAGGUGGGGCUACUCCUCUCUGGCCUCCAGCCCCAUGGGGGGCACCCACCAUCCUUUCUGCCCUGGCAGGGCCUGCACUUCAUCACUCAAACCAAAGAAACUCAUAUUAAAUAUUAAA